AUGGCUACGAGGUCAGGAUUGCAGAGAGUUAAGGUUUUUAGCAAUGGCAAAAAAUUAAAAGAAGUUGUCAUUGAAAAUCAAGAGGUUGAGGAACUUGUUAAAAGUUCUGGUUUAUAUACAUUGCUAAAAUGCAGCUACGAGAUGAUCAACAAAGGUCUAAUUUCUGCCUUUGUCAAGAGAUGGCAUCGCGACACCAACAACUUUCAUCUUCCAAUUGCGGAGAUAACCAUUACUUUGGACGAUGUCUCUUCACUGCUGCAUAUACCCAUCACCGGUGCAUUCUUCAGCGUUAAUAUAUUUAACAAGGAUGACGCUGCAGAAUUAUUGGGAUAA